CCGGCAGUUUCACAGCCGUCAAAAUAACCUUCGAUCAGCUGGCAGUAUAUAUAGGAUUAAUUGUGUCGCUGGAGGGUCGUGCAUUUUGAUGCAAUAGAACACUGUCAUGGUGAAGACAUUUCAAGUCUAUUUAGGAGCACAAGGAAGUAGUUCUACACGAAGUAAUAGUAGCAAUAGUAGUUGCAGUAAUAGCAGUGAUACGGAUGAUCGAACCUACAGUUGUGUACAUUGUCGUGCACAUCUUGCUCGUCAUCAAGAUCUUAUCUCAAAAUCAUUUCAAGGAAGUCAAGGACGUGCUUACUUAUUUGAUACAGUUGUCAAUGUAUCAUGUGGAAAACCUGAGGAAAGACUUCUACUCACUGGCUUACAUUCUGUAGCCGAUAUCUAUUGUGAUUGUUGUCAUACUGUAUUAGGUUGGAAAUAUGAACAAGCCUUUGAGUCUAGUCAAAAGUAUAAAGAAGGCAAAUAUAUUAUAGAAUUAGCCCACUUGAUUAAAGAUAAUGGUUGGGAUUGGAUUCUAUCAGAAUUAGAACAACGAAGACCUUAUUGACACACACCCUACAAGCAAACAGAUAGAAUUCCCCUCUCCCUUGUGUUUUCCCUUCCCUUCCAUUUCUUUCUUUUUUUAUAUGUAUUACUUCUUAUGUAUAAUAAGUGAAUUGUUUAAUUUCAAAGUGUUUGAAUUCCAUACUACUAAUAUGUACCUUUUAUAAUACAUACCCUACAUAUUCAGGCCAAUAAUAAUAAUACUAAUAAUAGUACUAAUACUAUCAUUGACAAUAAUAUUAGUAAGUAAUGGCCAUCAUCUUUAUCAUUAUUAUUAUUAUUAUUGU